AUGGCAAAGUCCGAGGAUGCAAAACAAGAACAAGGAGAAUUGGCCCAAACGGAGAGAAGUACUCUCGCAGACCUUUCUGAUGAAACAGGGACGUUCAGUUUCUUUACUAAUGAGGUACAGAGCUCCGGUUCAUUCAGCUCCUCUGGAGGCCCACAGUCCUGGUCCUGUGACCCAGGAAACAAGCCAGAGAGUGAAGAGCAGAUCGAAAGCUUAGAACAAGACGACAAACAUUCUGAGCUUUCAGACUUUGAAAAUAAUGAAAAGAAAUUUAGUAUAAAGUGGAUCAAUUACCUCAAGGGCAAAGAAACUAACUCUGAAUGGUCCCAACCAGACACUAGACUUCAAACGGAAAUUUCUCAGGUAUCCGAUAGAGAAUUGCAUGCCCUGCAGUCUUUUUGCGCUAUUAAGAUAAACUUGAUCCAUCAUAGAGUGAACUCAAAGAAGAAGAGCAGCAGACAGAAAAAGCCGCAGCUUAGAUUGAACAGAGAGACUUCGGAGAGAGAUGCCUUAAAUUGUACUGUCCCUGAUGAACUUGUGAACAGAAUCUAUUUCAAAAACUUGAGAACAGCACCAAUACAGGUGACAGAAGCUAAGCAACACAUUUCUUCUCAGUGUCCUGAAUGUAACAAGAAAAGAGCAGAGCUGGCACAGUAUACGUUCUUGAAAGAAAAGAAGACUUUACUGGAGUCUUUUCUACUCCGAGAAAAAAUAGAUGAACAUCUUUAUGCCAAAGACGUUCUCACGCGUAUUGGAGAAGCACAUCGAGACCUUCCCGGGCUUUCGGAUGACCCCAGAAUAAUUUGGAAAAGACUAAAUGAGAAAGAUCAUAUCAGAUACUCAGGUGUUAAAAGGUCAGAAACAGAGCAGAAGAUUUAG